UGACGAGGAGGGGGAGGGGAGGGGAUGACUAUGAGAUCAUUAAUGGUGAUGAUGGAUGAGAUGCUAGUAGUUCAUAGAGAGGGAGAGUAGGGGGUGGCACAUAACUGAUGGCGGUUGUGCCCAUGUGCAUUGAUGGAAGAGGAGAGAGAGAGGCAUUUGCAGGUGGUGAGCAAGGCAAUAGUGGGGGUUGUGAUGAGGACAAAGUUGGGCAAGGCUAUGAUGGAAACUGAUAUUUAGUAGUGGAAGAAACAAAUUAGGGAUUUAAGAUGAAAAAGUAUAUAUUUCAAUAUUAAUAAAUAUAAAUACAUAUAUAUUUAUUAUAUCUAACUCUAGGCCAGGUCAGGUUAGCCUAUACAUUUUUUGGCUAGCAUGAGCUCAGUAUGAAGUUUAAUCAGCUCAUGUGUUUUAGGCUCGACCUAACCUGAUGGGAUGAAAACUUUGAAAGCUUGCUAAAAUUGGGUCAAGUGGGUUGGGCUUGUUCGAGUCUUUCUCUAGUCCAUUUUUGCCCAUAUUUGUUAAUUUCUAUUUGUGAACUAACUUACCUAAUUUGGAAUAUUAUGCAUUUUUAAUGAAGUAAAUUUCCUCCUUACUAAGUAAAUAAAGUUUAUAAAAUAUUGAUUGUAUUACCAUUGCCAAGGCACCUUUUGAAAUAAGAGAAAAGGUACCUUUUAAAAUUUGCUUAAAAGAUGGUAUCUUGUGAGAUACAAUGUACAAGAUGCCCUUAAAAAUUUCAUAGCAUUGAAAAACCCCUCUAUUUAUAUUUGGAAGAAGACCUAUUUAUCACCUUCAACCAGACAAACUCCUAAUGCUUUGUCCCUUCUCCAACAUUGUCUGCACCAAAGGCCAUAGUUUGGUGUUAUCUCUUGUCCAUAUCUUCAAUUAUACUUUUUAGUUUCCAUUUGUGUAACAACUUGCCUAAUUAAGAUUGUCAUGCAUAGAAAAUUAGAAAAUAGUAAAUGUACUACCACUGGAUUUCAAUGACCAAAUGCCCUUAAAUUCUAUUACACCGAGAAACUCCCUCCAACUAUAUUUAAAGGAAGACCUAAUUGUCUCCUUCAACCUAGAAAAAUUCAUAAUGCUUACUUCUUUUUUCUUUGAAAUUAUCUGCACCAACGAUUGCAUUUUGGUGUCAUCUUCGCUGCAUCUCUUCAUCUAUACUUCUUUGUAUUUGUGGUCUUGUUUACCUUAUUUGGAAGAUUGCGUAUAUCUUAGUAAAUUUGUUCUCUGUCAACUGAAUCAAAAAAUUAGAAAACAUUAAAUAUCCUACCAUUAAUAAGGGGACACCAAGUACCAUGCACCAAAUGCUCUUAAAAUUCAUACCAACAAAAGUUCCACCCAACUAUAUAUAGAGGAAGAACCUGUUGUCUCCUUCAACCUACAAAACCCAUAACACUUAACCCCUCCUGCUUCAACAUCGUCUGCGCCAAUGACCAGAUUGCAGUUUUAUCUCUGGUCCAUUUCUUCACCAGUUGCUUUCAGUAUGCUCCAUGAAAACUCAUUAUUAUGUUUUUUUUGUUGCAAAGUAAUCUUACUUUUGUUGCUUUCAUGAAAAAUAAAAAAGGGAAUAAGUGGAAGGAUGAUUUUGCCAUCUCAAUCUUUAGUUUAUGGUUGCUUGUACUAGGAGCGUGUGCAUGAGUAGAGAGCUUAAGAAUUUAAGGAACGAAAGCAUCAAGGAAGUGUCCACAUGAAAAUAAUAUUAACAUUUAUUUUUAAAUACUAGAUUUUUGUUUAAUUUUAUGAUAACUGAAUUAUAUCAUGAUAGAGAAAAUGAUAUGACACAUAUCUUUUGCAAAAUAAAUGAUAAGAUAAUGAAUAGCACAGCUGUCAUGGAAAUAAUAGAGAUAGUUUAAUGCUGGUUGGAAACAUAUAUAAGUGGGUAUAUGUUCUAGAGAGGGUGCAGCACCCUUGGGGUAAGAUUAUGGCUACUAAUUUUUAACUGACAUCUUUUGUGUCUGUUGUUUCAUGAUGCUGUGACAAGUGCCGGUCAGCAACCAUUUGUAGGUGCAUCUUUUUGGGAUGCUUUUCCACAGAAACUCUAAACAUAAUUAGUUCUUUCACUGUCAUUCAUAGGAAAUGGGACAUUUACUAAGGUGAACAACAUAUCUCCAGAGAAGACAAGACUUGGUGCAACAGUAAGGUUGCUCCGUCGUGACCUAGUGUCACAAGUUCGAACUUGGAAAUAGCCUCUCUGCACAUCGGGGUAAGACCGUGUGCCUGUGUGUAUUUGACCCUCACAAAACCCGUAAUGACUGGAGUCUCAUGCACUAGGACGCCCCUUUAACAACAUCUUUCUGAAAGCGCAUUUACUCUUCGUUGGAAGCAGGGAUUGGUAACUGAUGGUAUUUCAUGGAUUUGCUUCUGCGAACCAUGCCACUCCCACAUGCAUGCCUCAAGUACAUUGCUUUGAUUUUUAAUAGUCCUGCAGCACCCUUUCCCUUUUCUCUGGUUUUUCUCAUCGCAAUUGUAAUCACCUCUUGCAUUCGGAGUCUUGGUGCGCAAGUCAUCUUGCAUGACUUCUUUCAGAUCAACCUACCUAUUUGGGUUCAUCACAUUAUAGUGAAAUCUCUUGCUGUCAUUCCGGCUCUAUACUGCCUCCAGAGUGUAGGACCAGAGGGGAUCUAUCAGUUGCUUCUCUUCUGUCAAGUUAUAUUGGCGACCCUCGUACCACCCUCAGUGAUUCCCCUUUUCCGAGUGUCAUCGUCCAGAUCAAUUAUGGGUUUUUUCAGAAUCUCGCAGCAUACAGAUAUCUUUGCUUUUUGUGCCUUUCUGGUGUUCCUUGCAACAGAUACCAUCUUCAUUUUUGAGUUGCUAUUCGAAAAUUGCUUCUGGACGGUUGAGCUUAGGGAAAGCAUGGGAAGAGGUGUGAGACUUGUCCUUCUCCUCCUUGCCAUCACAUCCUAUGUCUUUGCACUUUAUAUGGUAUUCACACCACUAAGGUCUGAAAGUAACAGACUAGAUGAUGAAAACAGCAAAGGACCGGAUAUGCAGAUAUUUACAUGGGGCAGGAAAAAGGAUCAACUUGAGCUAUCUAAGGGUAGAGAUGAGAACUCUUCAAGUCAGACCAUUAAUGGUGAAGAAAAGGAGUACGUAAAGGAGACAACCUCCAUAGAGUCAUUGGAGAAUCAAUCCAAUAAUAUGUUUGCAGAAUUCAGUCUUGAUCAGCCUAAGACAGCCAUUCAUUCUGAAUGGCAAGCCCAGAAGCCUGCUUCUGUUCUGGCUCUUAAUAAGGAUUGUAUUAUCCAAUCCUUAUCUUUAGAAGAAUAUAAUUCCAUAGUUAACAUUGUUUCUAGCGACGAGGUGAUUAGUAAAGGUAUUGCACAGAAUUAUGAAACUAAAGUAUCCAGAGAAGAAAAUGUGGAAGUAGGAGUUGGAGUCCACCAUCAGAAGGAUGGUGAGAAGGGCGGUGCAUGUGAACCUGUCCAGCCUCCGAGUGCUUCAACCUCCGAUGUACCUGGGUCUUGUAAGAAUGCCAGAGUGACGGGUGGCAAUAUUAGAAAUGAUGCCAAGAAGGCAACAUCAUGUGGAUUGAGUCGUGCAGGACGGCGCCAAUUAGCUGCCAUUCUCAAUGAAUUUUGGGCGCAUCUGUUUGACUUACAUGGUCUGCUAACAGAAGAAGCUAAGGUCAUGAGAACAGAUCUUUUACUGAAUUUGGAUCUAGAAAUGUACCAUGCAUCUGCAAGAGCAGGCACCAAAGACACUUCCCAGAAAAGCUCAUUAGACACAGAAAGUGGACCACUACCUUCAGCAAACUCGAGGGACUACACUCCCAUGCAAGAGAAGGCUAUGAAUUUGGAAUUAUCUUAUAUGCCACUAGCGCAAACUUCGUUUUGGUCAAUGGACACUCGGUUUCUGGAUGUGAAUGGCCAAUGUGAUGGCCAGGAUUGUCACAUACCCAAGAUUCAGGACUUUGAGAUUCCGCAAUUUGGCACAUGGUUACGGACUCCUAAUAUUGCUAAAUCUUCUGUUACAGAAUAUGGGGAUCAACUCCAGGAUACUUCGAGCCAGAAUGCAUCUGGUUCUUUAUGUAAAAGUAGUUUACAAAACCCUGCAUCAACUGGAUCAAUCUGUUCACAGUUUAGAAGGCCUCAGUAUGAACCUUCCUCAGUUGAAAACCCUUCAUUCUUGGGUUCGACGAAGGAAAAUAUUAGCUUUCCUGAUAUUUCAGAGCUCAUAGAUUCCUUCGGGCGUUCGUCUCUCAAUAUUUCUGGCUCCUUUUCAUCUGCGAGUGGAACUGCACAUGAACAAGCACAAAAUCCAAACAAUCUGGUCUCUGAAGGUGAAGAGGCUCCCUCAGCACUCGACAAGCUUUCCGUGUUAAAGCACCAUGAAAGUUUCCUAUGUCAAGUAGUUAGCCCUAUUCUGGAUUCGGAACCUUUCUGGGUUAAACAACCAUUAGAAAAUAUGUUCAGUUCAACAAUCAAAACUAGUAAGGCAAGGAAGAGGAAGCAAGUACUGAAUACCUCUUUUACUUCAAAAAUAAUCAUGUCUUAUGGAGAAUCAGAAGCUUGGGUUCUCCAAUCUCUAAGAGUUUGUCUUGGAAAGCUCCUAGAUUUGGAAGGAUCAAGUUGGUUAUUUACUCAGAAUGGUGGGUAUGAUGAGAAGUUAAUAGACUGGGUAGCUGCAGCAGAGGGUUACCUACGGAAAGAGGGGACUAGCUUGUUGAAUCAGGUAAAGUGUAGUGAGGAGGAAGAUAUGAAUGAUGUCAUCUCCUCUGUGUCUAACUGUGGGGAGCACUGCACUUGGCAAUCUGGCCUGGUUAUAGGCUUUGGUGUCUGGUGCAUUUGCCGGAUCUUAGGACUGUUGCUCAUGGAAAGUCGACCAGAGUUAUGGGGCAAAUACACCUAUGUUCUCAACCGUCUUCAGAUGCAGGGCAUACUUGAUCCAGCAUUCUUGAAUCCCCGUGAUCCUCUCAAACCAUGCCAGUGUAUCGACCACCUUGAUAUGCGGACCAGUGGGCUCGAACAUAUUAAGGAAAGCCUUGGCGGAACCCGGUGCACUACUGCAAGCUCAGUGUUACAGAUGAUCAAGGAGGUUGAAGGUGCAAUUUCAAGGCGCAAGGGUCGGUCCGGCACAGCAGCAGGAGGUAUUGCCUUUCCGAAGGGGAAGGAAAACUUGGCUUCUGUUCUGAAGCGCUACAAGCGUUGCCUGUCAAAGAAGUCAUCUGCUACUAAUGGAGGAGCCUCUGCACCAUCUGAAAAGGAUACGGAGCAGGCUGAGAACUUGAAACUGAAUGGGCCGCUAACUGGGAACCGAGACUACGCAUGGAAAAAUGGCUGAGCUCCUAGAAGACACCGGUCAUCUGAAGUCGCAUGAAUAUAUGACACGUGGCGCGCAUUUUGGGUGGAAACUAAACUUUCACGGAAGCACCGUUGACUGACGGUCCCUCCUCUAUCUUACCUUCCUUUCGCUUCCGUUCUCUUCUCGUCUCUCCCCUGAAAGAAAGGAGGCAACCUCCAGUUCUUCUCCUUCUCCCAUAGCUGUGGAUUCGGAUAUUCCGGUCAUCCGCCAUAGCAUCAGAGAGGCUGAAGCUGGGAUGGUCAUUCUGAUGCUCCUGCAGGAAAGGAUAGUAGCAGCGUUUGGAAGGCGAUGGGAUACGUGGUGGUGAUAUCGGUGCCGUUCCUUAUCCUGCUCGCGAUCCUGGCCCUUGCUUGCUACCUUCUCGGUCGGGCCAGGGGACGGUCCGAGUGGAGGACACCACAGUACUACGGGCCGCCGGCCCCACCCGCCACAGCCCCGGCCCAGGGCAAGUAAGGGCCCUUCGGCCCGUACAUGGAUAUCAAAUACAACUACUACUCUUAGAUGUGAGGUUGCUUGUGGUUUUAUUUAAAGGAUAUGAUGUUGGUGGGUUUGAUAUACUUUUUUUGCUUCUUUGCCAAGCAUGGGUUUUAAACAAUAAUUUUAUAUUUGUUUUAUUAUUAUUCAGUUGACUAAUUCGAUAAACGUGACCCUCA